UUGGAAAACUCCGCCCACUGGUGUGGAGAUAACCACGCCCACUCUGAGCCCACUGUGAGCUCCCAGCGCUAUGGUUACCCCAGCAGAGUGUUAAUACCACAAGCCUAGCAGAGGCAGGAAUCAUGGCAAGGGGACUAGGCUUUAUCGCGGGGAAUAACGCAGUAUUUUUGGAACUCUCCGUUGUUCUUCCUCUCCUCUUAUUCCUCGGCAUAGGUGUUUGCAGCAACAAGGUUGUCGUUCCAGAGCAUGUUCAAGUUGUGCUUGGCAAGAAUGCCACACUAAGCUGCAGGGUGGAUGUUGGUGCCAACCUCAGCCUGACACAAAGCUCCUGGGAACGCAGCUUGCCCAUGCGCCCUGUCACAGUGGCAGUAUUCAAUCCACAGUUUGGCAUCUCCAUAUCUGAGGAAUACAUAAAUCGUGUACAUUUUCUCAACCCAUCAGUCGAGGAUGCCUCCAUAGUGUUGGAGGGAGUAGACUUUGCAGAUAUUGGCUCCUAUAUUUGCAAGGUGGUCACCUUCCCACUGGGUAACUCACAGGCUUCUACAGUUGUUGACAUCAUGGUUGAGCCCAAAGUAUAUGUGUUGGCGGGUGUUGAUCCUCUGGUGGAUGGUAAUGCUGAGGGUGUGGUGGCAACAUGCAUGGCUGAAAAGGCCCGCCCACCAGCUGAAGUUUUCUGGGAGGCGGAGCUUUAUGGACGCUCGGAGCACAUCAUACAAGAUGAACCUGAUGGCACUACCUCAACCCAGGUGGAUUACAUAUGGGCACCCAGCAGCCACGCCCUUAAUCACGCCCUCACCUGUGUGGUCCGCCACCCUGCCCUGGCUAUGGACUUGCGCAUCCCCUAUGUGCUUAAUGUACAGUUUGCUCCAGAUGUCAUGGUUCUGGGCCACAAUGAUGUUUGGUAUGUGGGACAAGAACAUGCGAAGUUGGACUGCAGAGCAAAUGCUAAUCCUCCUCCUCAUCACUUCUUCUGGACCAGACUCAACAUGCAGAUGCCUGCAGGGGUAAAGACCACAAAUAGCAGUUUGAUCUUUACUCGACCCCUUCAGAGAAACGAUUCUGGAACAUAUAGAUGUGAGGUCCAGAAUGAAGUUGGACUGCAUUCACAGGAAGUACACAUCUGGAUACAAGAGCCUCCAUCGACACUUUCUGUUCCCACCACAACCAGUGGAGUCAUUCCUGGUCUCUACAGUUCAUUACCCACCCACUUCCGUGCCCGCUUCACCUCCCCAACACUGGCAUCACUGCAUGAUGGCACAAUGGGCACUGUCGUGGGUGGUGCUGUAGGAGGCACACUGGUACUGAUUCUUCUGCUGGCCAUUGCUUUGCUGUGGUACAUACGUCAGCAGCGCACAUUCCGAGGUGAUUACUACACCAAGCAGUACAUUGGGCCCUCAUACAUGCAAAAAGAGUCCGUUGAGCUUCAUGACACCUUUAGAGAUGACUCAGCUAACAGCAGCCAAGACCUGAAACAUGAACCAGAUGGAGAAGGUGAUGGAGAUACACCAAACUACAACAGUUACAGAAAAAACAAAGGCCAGUGGGACAGUUAUUGCCCUGAAAACUCUAACAUUAACACAUGUGGGAACAAUAUGUCCCCUUACCUGCAGGAGAAGAGCUAUGAUAUGGCCACAGACUGCGACUAUGUGUCCCACAAGGACGGAUCUGUGAUCUCUCGUAGAGAAUGGUAUGUGUAAAUAUGUGUGACGAUUAAUAGAAGACGAGACUGUACAUAAUACAGUAUUACCAAACACUUUAAAGUGUAUUUCAGGCAAAUUAAAGGCUGAAUUGUUUUA